UUACCGACACUUUUCCUCAGAAGUUUACCGUGAAGCUGACCGGAGAACGGCGGAGUCUGUGCUGAAUCUGCCAUCAUGUCCAGGCGGAGCUCACUCAUAGUGCCGAUGAAGAGUAUUGAGCGUGAGCUGAUCUGCCCCAUCUGUAAGGAGCUGUUCACACACCCGCUCAUCCUGCCCUGUCAGCACAGCAUCUGCCACCGCUGCGUCAAGGAGCUGCUGUUCCCCAACCAUGAGGACUCCUUCAGCACCGACGCCGGCUCCGAGAGCUCCAACCCGGGCAGCCCACGCUCCAGAGUGCCCUCGCCCGGCCUGGACAAGCUGGUGCGCUCAGGCUCCAUCUGCUCUCCGGGAUGGCGACGCUCCUCUGUGACUCCCCGUGUCACCUCUUUCCCGUGCCCGGGCUGCCAGCACGACAUCGACCUCGGUGAGCGCGGCAUCAGCAUGCUGUUCCGGAACUUCACUCUGGAGAGCAUCGUUGAGCGCUACCGUCAGGCGGCACGCGCCGCCGUGGCCAUCAUGUGUGGAGUGUGUAAGCCGCCACCGCAGGAGGCCACCAAGAGCUGCAUGGACUGCAAGGCAAGUUUCUGCAACGAGUGCUUCAAACUGCACCACCCCUGGGGGACGCCCCGCGCCCAGCACGAGUAUGUGGGACCCACCACCAACUUCAGGCCCAAGGUUCUGAUGUGUCCGGAGCAUGAGAUGGAGAAGGUGAACAUGUACUGUGAGGUCUGCCGGCGGCCCGUCUGCCACCUCUGCAAGCUGGGCGGGUCUCAUGCCAACCACAGGGUGACCUCCAUGAGCAGCGCGUACAAGAUCCUGAAGGAGAAACUCUCCAAGAGCAUCCAUUACCUGAUCAGCAAAGAGGAGCAGGUGCGCACUCAGAUUACUGCGCUGGAGCUGCUCAUGCGCAGCACAGAGGAGAACGGGCAGCUGGCGGAGCGGCGUGCGAAUGAGCACUUCGAGCGUCUGCAGGUGGCGCUGCAGGAGCGGCGGGCGGAGAUGCUGUGGGCGGUGCAGCAGUGCAGGAGCCGGCGGGUGGAGCGGCUGCGGGCGCAGGUGGAGGAGUACCAGGGCAUGCUGGAGAACAGCGGCCUCGUGGGAUACGCUCAGGAGGUGCUGAAGGAGACCGACCAGUCCUGCUUCGUGCAGACGGCCAAACUGCUGCACGUCAGGAUCCAGAAGGCCACAGACUCUCUGAAGACCUUCCAGCCGGCCGCCAGCAGCUCAUUUGAGGAGUUCCAGCUGGACACGUCGAGGGAGGAGAUCCUGCUGAAGGAGCUGAGCUUUGGCGGAGUUCCGGAUGCCCCAGUGCUGGACCUGUCGCGCUGCCGUGUGUAUAAUGAGGCUCUCCUCCACUGGCGUCUGCCUGAAGACUCUGUGCCCACCGACCGACACCUGCUGGAGUUCCGGAAGCUGCAACAGGAUGAGGAGGAGGAGAAAGAGGAAGUGGAGCGAUGCUGGCGGACGAGCGAGAGUGUUUACGGCAGCAGCACGGUAGUGUGUGACCUGGACAGAGACGCUCGCUACGCCUUCAGGGUGAAGAGCUGCAGAAACGGAGUGUGUAGUGCCUACAGCCCCGAGGUGACCCUGCACACCCCCCCCGCACCAGUGUUCAGCUUCCUCUUCAGCGACAGCUGUGGCUUCAGUGCGGAGCGUCUGCAGCUGAGCCGGCGGCGGGCGUCGGUGGAGAGCGUGGCGGGCAUGAGUGUGCUGCUGGCGGCGGAGCGGGUGCAGACGGGCAGCUACACCUGUCUGGAUUACAUCAUCGGGGACACGGGCAUCAGCCAGGGACGCCACUACUGGGCCUUCCGCGUGGAUCCCGCCUCCUACCUGGUGAAGGUGGGCGUGGCCUCAGACUGUAAACUGGCGGAUUGGUUCCAUGGCCCUCGGGACAGCAGCAGCCCCAGGUUUGAUCAGGACAGCGGGCACGACAGCGGCAGUGAGGAUGUGUGUGUGGACGUGUGUCAGCCGUUCCUGCUGCUGACGGUGGGCAUGGGUCGCCUAUUCGUGCCCAAACCGCCGGCGCCGGAGAGCCGCGUGCUGCCGCUGCCCGCGCGCAUCGGUGUGUGUCUGGACUACGAGGCGGGACGCGUCUCAUUCUAUGACGGAGACUCGCUGCGCUGCCCGUGUGUGCGGCCGGUGGAGUGCAGCGGGAACAUGUUUCCAGCAUUCGCCCUGAUGGGGGGCGGAGCCAUACACCUGGAGGAGCCAAUCACAGCCAAGCGGCUCGCAUACCUGUGAAGAGGAGUCUGACUGUGUGUGUGUGUGUGUGUGCGCGUGUGCGUGCGCGUGUGUGAGCGUGCGCGCAUCUCAGUAACUCUCAGCGCUUCACCUGUAAGAGCCGAUGCCGCUCCCCUGCCGACGUGCCUUCAGUCACACCUGUCCAGCAGCAGACACACACACACACACACACGCACACACACGCCAAGUUUUAAACACUCACAUGAACACACGUCAGGUUUCACACACAGACUCGAGAUGCACACAUUGAGUUUCUCUUACACACACACACACACACACACACACGUACGUUAGCUCUCUCACACAAACACACACACGUUAGCUCUCUUACACAAACACACACACACACACACACGUUGGGUUUCUCACACACACUUGCACACAUGUUGGGUUUCUCUCUCUCUCACACACACACACACACACAAUGUUGGGUAUCACACACAUUGAGUCUCACUCACACACACCCACACACAUUAGCUCUCUCUCUUUCACACACACACACACACACACGUUGGGUUUCUCACACACACUUGCACAUGUGUUGGGUUUCUCUCUCUCUCUCACACACUCACUGUAAAGUGCACUAGUCAUGUAGCAUCACGGUGUGUGUUCACUGCACUGCACUGAGCUGAGCUGGUGUGUGUGUGUGUGUGUGUGUGGCGCUGCUGAUCUCCUCAUCACAGCUAAUCUGAAGCUGAUCUGGAGUCAGUGUGAACACCUGUGUGUGCUCUGAGCGAGCGCACGGCUUCCAGCAGCACAGGUGUGUGUCCCGCAGGUGUGAUCCUGACCUCACUCUGCAUGUGCUCUGCUGAGGGUCUGAGCGGCCGCAGUGUCUCGGGCCUCGUCUUAAUCCGUGUUCUGGGAUGAUUCCCUCUCCUGCUACCUUCAGCGUCGACAUGUACUAAUGCUAAUGCUAAUCAAGCGCACUGAUCAUCAUGUUUUAUAUCUCUAAUGAUUUUAACUGUGUGUGUGUGUGUGUGUGUGUGUGUGUGUCUGCACUGAUGAGCAUUAUUGCACUGCUUCACUGUUUCUGCUGUUGUUUGUCGCCUGUAUCUGAAUGUUCUGCUGGUUUCUGUGGUGAUGAUGAUGAUGAUGAUGAUGAUGGAGUCCUGCUGGAGAUCUGCAGACUGCUCUGCUCUGCUCUGUUUGUGUUGUUGCUGUAUUAUUGUGGUUUUGUAUGUAAAUAAAAGCUGUUUUUAACUCCC